UAUGAUUCUCCCCUCUUAACCUCCCUCUGGCUCUGGGUCGAAAACUCUACUUGUCUUUAAUUCUCUACACCAUCCUUUUGCUCCGCCUCUCCUUCUCUUAGUCUUGUUCUUCUUCGUUUCAUAUUAGUACCAUUAUUUGAGGAAUAUACUCAAUCCCUUCAUCUUCUCCCUGCGUGCAUUGAUACCCCUUUUGUUGUGAUUUCAUUCCGUCUAUAUAUACGCCUCCCCACCAUCCUUGGUCGAUUCGAUUAUACUCCUUCUUUUUGGAUAGUUUCUUCACGAGCAACAGGCCAUAGAUCGUAUCAUCAUGGCCCAACCAUACGACCCCCCCAAUGGCCAACCCCCCAUGGGCAAUCCCCAGAUCGAUGUCAUCUGCGGGCCCUUGCUCAACUUCAAAAACAUGGACAUCAAUUCCUCCGAGUCCACCUGGCGUGGUAGUGUGCUGAUCGUGACCAAACCCAACUGCCCUCAGCCGCGGCUUGUUUUGCGCAAGGCUGGCCCAGCCGCCCCCGACGCCUCGGCCGAUGCGCCCCUCUAUGGCAACCACGGCUCCCCCAUCGACGGUUUGCGCCUCUACGAAGAUCCCGAGAAGGCCUUCUGGCGCUUCUCCCUCGCCCUCCCCCUGGACUCCUACGAGGCUCGCUGGGAGUACGCCAUCGAUGGCUUCCACUACACUCAGGGCGACCUCGGCCGCGCCUCCUGGGACUUUGUCGUCCCCUCCGUCAACCAGUCCAUGCGCAUGAUGUUCCACUCCUGCAAUGGCUUCUCCGUCGGCACCGACAUGGACGCCUGGCUCGGCCCCAACCUGUGGAACGAUGUCCUGCGCGUUCACGCCCAAAAACCCUUCCAUGUCAUGAUCGGCGGCGGCGAUCAGAUCUACAACGACGGCAUCCGCGUCGACGGCCCCCUGGCCGAAUGGACCGCCAUCGGCAACCCCCACAAGCGUCGCGCCCACAACUUCGACAACUCCAUGCGCGAGCGCUGCGACGAGUACUACUACGCCAACUACAUCCGCUGGUACUCCACCGAGCCCUUCAAGGAGGCCAACGGCCGCAUCCCCCAGAUCAACAUCUGGGACGACCACGACAUCAUCGACGGCUUCGGCUCCUACACCGACCACUUCAUGCGCUGCUCCGUCUUCCGCGGCAUCGGCGGCGUCGCCUUCAAGUACUACUGCCUCUUCCAGCACCACAUCGCGCCCCCGCUCUCCACCUACACCACCGACGCGCCCCAGACCAUGCAGGCCGUCAACGGCACCGCCGGCGCCGACCCGCGCCAGCUCGAAAACACCUACGUCCUCGAGAACCAGCCCGAGGACGACAGCUGGAUCGUCGGCAAGCGUCCCGGCCCCUACGUCGAGGAGAAGAGUCGCAACCUGUACAUGCGCCUCGGCAAGCGCAUCGCCUUCGUCGGCGUCGACGCCCGCACCGAGCGCACCCGCCACCAAGUCAACUACAACGACACCUACGACCUCAUCUUCAACCGACUCGAGCAGGAGGUCGCCGCCGCCAACGGCGACAUCAAGCACCUGAUCGUCCUCCUCGGCGUCCCCAUCGCCUACCCGCGUCUCGCCUGGCUGGAGAACAUCCUCAGCUCGCCCGUCAUCGCGCCCAUCCGGCUCCUCAACAAGCGUUUCGGCUUCGCCGGCGGCCUCUUCAACCAGUUCGACGGCCAGGUCGAUCUCCUCGACGACCUCGACGACCACUACACCGCCCGCCAGCACAAGCGCGAACGCCGCCUCUUCAUCCAGCGUCUGCAGGACUUCUCCAAGACCCACUCCGCCCGCGUCACCUUCCUCGGCGGCGACGUUCACCUCGCCGCCAUCGGCCGCUUCUACUCCAACCCCAAGCUGGGCAUCCAGUCCCGCCACGACCCCCGCUACAUGAUCAACGUCGUCAGCUCCGCCAUCACCAACAAGCCGCCCCCCAAGGCCGUCGCCAACCUGCUCGCCCGCCGCAACAAGAUCCACCACCUCGACCACGACACCGACGAGACCAUGAUGAACAUGUUCGAUCGCCAGCCCGGGGGCAUCGAGAAGAGCGCCAAUUGGAACAAGGUCACCAUGCCGUCCCGCAACUACGCCUGCUUGACGGAAGUCGACAUCCCGUUCACCAACGGCGACGGCCCCACCGGUCUCGAAGGCGGCACCAUCGACCAGAUCCCCAAGGACGGCCACUCGCCGCUUCACAACGGCGAAGCCACCGCCGGGGCGGAGAACUCCGCCGCGGACGGGUUUGGCUCCGACGGCGUCAUGCCCGGUGGUCUGGACGUGGCUAUCCGAGUGGAAAUCGACCCGCAGAACAAGGAGGGUGCCGCCGACGGUUACGCAUUCAGUAUCCCACCCCUGGAAUACGUCCCGUCCGAAUCAGACAAGAAACGCCCUCACUCGUGGCGCUCGCACUCGCUUCACGGCCGCCACUCCCGUCCCCAGUCGGGUAAUAAUGAUCCUCCUCGACCGUCGACCUCGAUCAACUAGCUAACUCGAAAAAAAUUUGGCUGGAAAAAAAAAGAACAACAAAAUAAACAACAUCAGCAGCAGCAGCAACAGCAGCAGAAACUUGUCUUUGAUCCGGUGACUUGGUGGUCCGAGGGGAUUCCUAUUUGAAUUUGAUCUGAUUUGAUUUGUGGGUUGAUGGGGGGUGGGGAGGGGGUUGUAAUAUUUGAUUUAUAUGCAAGGUGGGAUUUGUUGGAUAUUAUAUUAUACCUAUUGUUGUGGUUUUGAAUGUAUCCGUGCAUGGUUCGUUU